AUCUUUUCGCAUCAACUCCAUGCCAAUAACAAACCACGACCACGAACCACUCGACAACCCCAUGUUCGCACUAUUGUCGCUUCUCCCUGUAGUCACAUUCUAGCCGGCCUAUCGAUACUACCGAGACGAAAAAAGCGACCAACCGAUUACCGCACGCUCUCUCCUUCGCACCGGCGUUCGCUACAUCGACCAUUGACUACCCGGCCGAGUCACACGACCUUUCUUCUUUGCGCGACCCAUAUCUACUCCCGUAGGCCCGUCAGCUAGAAUCAGGUACGAAGCUACCCGUAACGCUUUCUGAUCUAUCCAUUGUCCCGCUCUUCGCGUCUUCCACGCCCAUGCUAAUCGUCCAGGAUCUCAAGACAGGAAAACAGACGUGGCACUCGACCAAGUAUCGAUUCUCGAACAAACCCCGUCGGUUGCGCCCAGGGCUUAUCGUCAUGAAGUUCGGCGAACAGCUCCGCUCCAGCAUCAUCCGCGAAUACCAAUGGUACUACAUCGACUAUGACGGCCUCAAGGCCGACCUGAAGCGCCCCAGCGGCACCUCCAAUGGCAACGGCAAGAGGGUCGAGUGGACAGAGGAGGAUGAAAAACGCUUCGUCAGCAAGCUCGAGGCCGAGCUCGACAAGGUCCAUACCAAGCAGCAGGUCAAGGCCAUGGAGAUCUCGAGGAGGAUAGCUGUCACGGAGCGCGAAGUCAGAGAUGUCAUCAACCGUCUAAACGAACGGGGUCUGACUGAAGAUGGCCCGACAGAGGAGGAGUUCAUGCUGCUGGAGGAGGAUCUAAGCGAUAUCAUCGCCGAUGUCCACGACCUUGCCAAGUUCGUCCAGGUGAACUAUACCGGUUUCUACAAGAUCAUCAAGAAGCACGACAAGAUGACGGGAUGGCGGUUGAAGCCCGUAUUCGACGCACGUCUCAAGGCGAAGCCAUUCUACAAGGAGAACUACGAUGCGUCGGUCGUGCAGCUGUCGAAGCUGUACGAUUUGGUCAGGACAAGAGGCAACCCCGUCAUAGGCGACAGUUCUGCUGGCGCAAGUCAAGGCAGCUUUAUCCGACACACCACCAAAUACUGGGUGCACCCCGACAACGUCACCGAACUCAAGUUGAUCAUCCUCAAGCAUCUGCCCGUUCUUGUCUUCAAUCCGAGCAAAGAGUUUGAGGAGGCUGACUCCGCCAUCACAUCCAUCUAUUACGACAACCCCGACACGUUCGAGCUAUACGAGGGCCGAUUGAAGAAAACCGAGGGUGCCGAGGCCAUCCGUCUGCGCUGGUACGGUGGCAUGCAAACCGAGACCAUCUUCGUCGAACGGAAAACACACAGGGAAGAUUGGACCGGCGAAAAGUCCGUCAAGGCCCGUUUCGCCCUGAAAGAAAAGUUCGUCAACGCCUACAUGCGCGGCGAGCUUCUUCCCGCCGCUAUCUUCGAAAAGGCCCGCAAGGAAGGCAAGAAGUCGGAAAAGGCCAUCGCCGAGGAGGAGCGCCUCGCCUCCGAGAUCCAGUACCGCGUCCUUAAGAGGGGCUACAAGCCUGUUGUCCGCUCCUUCUACCACCGCACGGCCUUCCAACUCCCCGCCGACGCGCGUGUGCGCAUCUCCCUCGACACCGAGCUGACCAUGAUCCGCGAAGAUAACCUGGAUGGUGUCCAGCGGUCUGGUGACAACUGGCGGCGCAUGGACAUCGGCAUCGAUUACCCUUUCUCCCAGCUUCCUCCCAGUGACAUCUGUCGCUUCCCGUACGCCGUCCUUGAAGUCAAGUUGCAGACACAGCUCGGCCAGGAACCGCCCGAGUGGGUCCGCCAGCUGAUCUCUAGUCACUUGGUGGAAGCUGUCCCCAAGUUCUCCAAGUUCAUCCACGGCACCGCCAGCCUCUUCCCCGAUCGCAUCCACCUCCUCCCAUACUGGUUCCCUCAGAUGGAUGUCGACAUCCGCAAGCCGCCCACGCACGACUUUGGCAUCAAGCGCCUCGACCACUCCACCAGGACCAGCACCUCCGACGUCGACGAAGACGACGAUUACGAUUCCGACGAUGAGAACGCAACCGGCACCGGCACCCAAGACAGCCAGAACGGCGAAACUAGCGCUCAAGGCUCUGCUAGAAACCGUAGGGCUCGUGGCGGUCUAACCGCUAAUGAUGUUGAGGAUCAAACCGUUGAGCAGGCUUCCAACGAGAAUACUUACCUGUACGACUCCGAUGACGAGUCCGACGACGAGAGGCUUGAGAUUGCUAGGCAGGUCGGUGGCUGGACGUAUUACUCCACCCUUCUGCAAACGCGCGCGAACGCCGCGGCGAGGGUUACCUGGUCAGUUCUAAAGGCGCUGGUCCCUAGGCCCAGAGCGACGGAGGUGCCUAGAAACGCGAACCUGGAGAGUUUGUUGGGUGCGGGCGAGAUUCAUCAGAAGAGGAUCAAGGCGCCCAAGGGAAAGAAGAUUUAUGUGCCGGUGAGGGUGGAGCCGAAGGUGUAUUUCGCUGCGGAGAGGACGUUCUUGGGUUGGCUCGAAUACUCGAUCUACAUCGGCACCAUAGCCGUAACCCUCCUCAACUUUGGCUCCAGCGGCAAGGGCGGUAGCAGAAGCUCCUUCAUCGCUGCCGGUGUUUUCACCUUGUUGGCGUUCCUCUCGCUGUGCUAUGCCGUGGUGAUUUACCUCUACCGCAGCCGCGCCAUCAGGACGAGAAAGGCGGCAAAGUAUUACGAUAAAUGGGGACCGAGUGUUCUCUGCGCGUCGCUGCUUGUGGCGGUGGUGUUGAACUUUGCUUUCGAAGGGAGAGGAAGAGGGGUUUGGUGAGCUGGUGGGUAGUUUGAAGAAAAAAAAGAGGAAGGUUGGUUUGGGUGUUCUGGGGCAGUGGGGGUCGGUUGUGGUGGACUGCAAAAGAACUCAGGAGUUUGGAUUGAUGCAUUGGGAUGUGAUAUGAGAUUGGAAUGAGAAUGAGAAUGAUGCAUGAAUUUGGAACUUAAAACUUUGGAUUUCGAGUAGUAUAUAUCAGUAUGGAUACUUGCACAGGUUGAGGUUGAGCAUCGGUUAGCGGUUGCUUGGAGGUUUUGAAGUGAUUUGUUGCAUGUGAGAGAGAAUGGCAAUUGAUACUUCAUUUCAUA